AAGCAGCUUUACAGUAGAACAUGUACACACGUUACAGUCUAUACAUUAUAGGCUACAUAAUGUUAAGGCUAAAGAAAUAUUUGUCAAUCUGGCCUUCCAUAAUUUCCACAUACCAUCGUGUAGCUCGAGCCUUACGCCUCAGGAGUCUGCACUUGCCAACGACAUCAGUAUCUAUUAGAAAUAUGUGUCCCCCAUUCAACCAGGUGAGACUGUUGUCUAGUCGUGACUGAAGCUGCGCGACUGCGACGCAAUCAUGUGUGCCCCGAUUAAGAUGCAGUAUUAGCUAUUUUAAGAAUUUCUCGCAAAACAUGUUUCCGCAAGCCUUUGCUUUCGGUUUUGCCUACUUAUUAUGACUGAGACUUCAGUGUUGUGUUGAGACUUCCACGCAAGAUUUAUUUUUGUAUACUAAUUAAUGCUAGUUUGCUGUAAUCAGACUUAUCCCCACAAUAUCCCCCAAAGUACCGUAAUGUGCAUACAUAUCCAACUCUACGUUAUAUUAGUAUUUUUCAAUAUUGUUUAGUGCGGAUAUGCACACUGGGACACAGUGUUUUAUACAUGCUGCUUUCCAGAAUAAUACUGUUUCCAAAAAAAAACUGUUUUAAUGCCACUAAAUCAUUAGUAAUAUUAAUGUUUUAUGUUACUGAAUACUUUCAGUGUUACUAAAUCCAGACGUUACUUCCGGGUUUGUUGUGCUAGUACGCAAUGUUAUCGUAAGGGGGCAGCCGCAGCAUGUUGUGGGAACACGUUUGUUCUUUGCUGUGUUACUAACAGUAGUAACGUUACUUUUUGCAUGUUGUUUUUAAAUAUACGAUGUUAACGUUCUGCCUGAUGCUUAAUUCGUCGUAUUUUUUCUAAUAGCGGCGGUGUGCAGAUAGUUUUUAUUUUAACCGCUAGCUGUUUCCUACACGUUGUUUAUAAACUCGUGAUAGAUUGGUUUAGCGCUAUGAGCAGGUUAAGAUCUGCAGUUCAGAAGGGGACGAGAGCGGCUAUAGAAAACAGAGAGGCGAUCAAAUCCAGCGAUAAGACGAAAUCAAAGCCUGCCAUUAAAGAAGAGGAACCAUCUGAAACCGAACCUUCCUCACCAUACCACUUUUUCCAUGAUCCACCUGAAAUUCCUCUUUUCCGAUCUCACCUGCUGCACUGGUAUGAUCAGAAUAAGAGAGAGCUUCCCUGGAGGACACUGGCUAUGACAGAACCAGAUGUUAAUAUCAGGACAUAUGGAGUGUGGGUCUCAGAGAUCAUGUUACAACAGACUCAAGUUGCCACAGUGAUAGACUACUACAACAGAUGGAUGAAGAGAUGGCCAACUGUGGAAAAACUUGCUGCAGCUACACUCGAGGAAGUGAACCAAAUGUGGGCAGGUCUCGGAUAUUACUCUCGAGGACGCAGGCUGCAUGAAGGUGCUCAGAAAGUUGUAUCAGAACUUGAUGGACAGAUGCCAAAGACCACAGCUGGACUACUAAAACAGCUGCCUGGAGUUGGACGUUACACCGCUGGGGCAAUCAGUUCCAUAGCUCUUGGAAAGGUGACGGGUGCAGUUGAUGGAAACGUCAUUCGAGUUCUUUGCCGCGUUCGAGCUAUAGGAGCAGACAGCACUAGUCCUGCUGUAACAGAUGCUUUGUGGAAAAUUGCUGAUGCACUCGUUGAUCCAGAGAGGCCCGGAGACUUUAAUCAGGCUAUGAUGGAAUUAGGGGCAAGAGUCUGUACCCCGAAAUCCCCCCUGUGCGCCCAGUGUCCCGUUCAAACCCACUGCCAUGCGUUUAGGAAGGUAAGUAUUAAACAAGAGACUGACUCCAAAAGACUUCUAAGUCAACUUAGAGUCUCAAAGCUCAACACUUCUGUUCCUGACAUAGAGAAUUGUUUGGCCGCUGGCAGUUGUUACUUGUGUCUGUCAGAGGACUGGGACCCUCGGCUGGGGGUGCAGAAUUACCCAAGAAAGCCUGUUAAAAAAGCUCCACGUGUAGAGCAGACCCUAACCUGCGUAGUGGAACGUCAGCGAGCCGGAGAAGACAUGGAGUAUCUGCUCACUCAAAGACCAAGCAAAGAUUUUGGAUUACUUGGAUGUAUUGCAGGACUCUUGGCAGGGAUGUGGGAGCUACCCAGCAUGCUUUUGGAGUCUGACAUCUCAAAGAAUAAAUAUAAAGGCUUGAUAUGUGACAUGAUACAAAAACUGCUGGAAAAAUCUCUAGAUGCCAACUCAGUGCAGUUUGUUGGAGAGGUUGUGCAUAUUUUCUCCCACAUUCAUCAAACCUAUAUAGUCUUUUCCGUGCGUGUGUCUGACUGGUCAGAAGGUGAGCAAGAGCAGAAAACCUGCUGGCUCACUAAAUCUGCUCUGAAGGAGGCAGCUGUGUCCACUGGGGUUAAAAAGAUCAUGAUGCUCUAUGAAUCUCCAUGCAAGGUGGACAGCAAGGAAAAGAAGAGAAAAUCCAGCCCUGAGAAACGAUCAAACAAAAUAAAAAAGACUAAGGGUGGUGUUACUAAUGAAGGAACAAAGCAACUCUGCCUCAGUAAAUUCUUUUCUACCUCUAAGACAAAGGGCAAAAGAGAUAACUGUUGACAAAAUUUUUUGAUAUGGUCAGUGUGUAGUCAUCGUGUAAAUUUGGUAUGUCAAGAGUGUGACAUAUAGUAACACAUUACCUACAGCUUUAAUGUUUUAUUUUUUAAAGGGAUAGUUGUGUUUUUAAAUAAAUAAUAAAUGUAUAAUAAUGAUUUUUAAAAAUGGGUUUCAGAAUAAAAUACUUUUUUUCGAAUAAUUCUGACCUGAUUUCAGUAACACAAUUGCACACACAUUUUUUAGUUUCAGCAUACUUUUACAGUAACAGCAUUUAGUCAGACAUUGG